AAUCACACAGUCCAGAACACUAUAUGGAUAGAGAACAAAAUUACCUGAAGAACCAAGCUCACGAGUGAAUGAAUGCCACGGAUCCGGCCUGCUGCGUUAUGGCAGGCGCGGCGCAUCGGUCCGCACUGCCUUCAUCUCCUGCCGCAAUGUCGAGACCUCCGCUCGGCUCAAAAUGAGCUCCGAUGGAUGACAGAGCAUUCGAUCAAGAUCUCUCAGCAAGUUGGACUGAAGACCCAUCGUCAUCUUCUAGAAUCCUACGUCAGCCGUCGCGCACAAGGAGAGCCACUUCAAUACAUUCUGGAGAGUCAAUUCUUCGGCGCCCUUGAGAUUAGAUGUCGGCCUGGCGUGCUGAUUCCUCGUGAGGAGACUGCCGCAUCUGUCACGCAUCUCGUGAAGAUUUUGAGCAUCGAACAAGAUCGUUCAUCGGCCCUGCGCGUGCUCGACCUUUGCACUGGAACCGGUUGUAUUCCUCUCCUGUUCCACCAUGAGUUCUACGCCGAGCGACCGAGAACGAACACCGCGCUCGAAAUCGUUGGCAUCGAUGUCUCUGGAGUAGCCUUGAGUAUAGCUAGGGAAAAUUUGAUCCAUCGUAUUGCCGACCAAAGCAAUGUUGGCGAUGACUCCGUAGCACGCAGGCGUUCUUUGCAAAGGAUUGGCUUCGUGCAGGCGGACGUGCUGAAUACUACAGCGAACGGGGCUACUUCUGACCCACCCCCGAUCCUGGAAGCAUUAGAGAGGUUGCAGCUUGAUGAUGGUCGAGACGACUUUGACAUACUGAUCGCCAAUCCUCCGUAUAUAUCCCCGCAGGAGUUUCAACGCACAACUUCUCGAUCGGUGAGGAUGUUUGAGCCUCCGCUAGCGCUGGUUCCGUCCUCGCUGCCUACAAUGAGUGACGUGGAAAUUGGAGAUCGCUUCUAUCCGAGACUGCUGGAACUGGCUUUGCAGGUUGGCGUCAAGAUCGUUCUAUUCGAAGUCGCAGACAUGGCGCAGGCACAGCGAGUCGCUUCCUUGAUGACCAAGCAGGGCAUCUGGGAUGAAAUUGAAAUCUGGCGAGAUGAGCCUGGUGAAGGUUCACUUCUCGAUGAAAACGCUCGACUGGGAGAUACAGACGUGAAAGUGCGCGGAUCGGGAAAUGGGAGAUCCGUCUUCGCAAGACGUCAGCGUUCACCUAGCACACCAGGAUCUGUCACUGUUCACGAGCAGUAAUUGUAUGUCCAACAGCAUGAAAGCAAAGUCACCAGCAGAGAAACAAUUCGCAAUAUGAGAUUCGUGUGCUCCAUGACCUUGCGACCUUCCCGAUCGGUGAGAAUACUAACAUUGCCUUGUGAGCUGUCUUGACACACAGUAGACCGGUCAAAUGAUCACUUUCUAUCACCUGUUUGAAAGCUCAUUCGACCUAAGUUGGGUCCGAACGUGACAAGUUCC